AUGGCCAGCUCGCGUUCGCACAGCCGGAAUGCCUCCCAAACACGUAGAUCCCUCGGCGACGGGGAUGAUUCGGUUCUCAGCGCAGUGCUCGAUACACGGCAGCUGGAGGCGUUCGGUCGAAAGGUGACAGCUACUGCGAGCCAGCUGAUGGGUGACAAUUCUACUACGCACUAUCCCAGUGCUAUGACAAGCAUAUCGCGCCAGAUGCGUCGCCCGGCGCUUCAGAGAGGUGUCCUUAGCUUUUCACAGCAGGCCCCUUCAGAAAUCGUCAGGGCAAAGUUGUCUACUAGUGAGAUAGCCCACCGCGCCCUCACCUACAUCUCCGAUGACCAGCUGCAUAAUAUUCCCGAAAACGAUGACAAUAGCUAUUCCCUUUUUCAGGGCUUUCAGGCCUCGUUACCUGAGGGCGAAAGUGAACACCGGAAAGAGCACAGACGGCGGAGUUCCAAACAGCACAGGCUUCUGGGUGCCGGAGAUAUUGAAGAGGAGGGCCCUCCGACGAUACAAAAUUUGAAGAAGAAACGAAAUACUGUCAACCACAGACUGGAAAUGAUGGCCAUCAGGAAGAACAUGUGCACGACCGAGAUAAAGGAGAUCGAUAACAAAAUUGCAAAUCUGCACCACAUGCGAGGGAUCGUCCUCGACAGGCUUGCUGGACUCGAGAAUGACGAAGCCGAGGUCGAGCACGAACUGCUCGAGCUUGAUAAUAAGCUUGAAGACAUGCAGGAAGAACUAGAAGAGCAGGGCACAUUGGAUGCGUCUACCGACACACUGAACGCUCCAAGGGUAGCUACACCCGAAUCGGAGGCUAUGGAUGCCUCGUUCAUGUCGCAGUCAAUAUACGAUAAAUUACCGACAUCAACUUCUCCAAAAUCUCCCAAGACAAAACGCCGGCCAACGUAUGCAAAGAGAAAGUCCAUGCCGGUCUUGCACGAACAUCUGGAACCUGGCUCUCAUUUGAAAACCAUUCCAGCCCACAACGACACGAUAACGGCCAUAGAUUUCGAUCAACCCUUCGGUACUAUGGUCAGCGCAGCUCUUGACGACACAGUUCGCGUGUGGGAUCUAAACCUGGACCGAUGCAUGGGCUUUCUGGAAGGCCAUACGGCCUCUGUUCGGUGUCUUCAGGUCGAGGAUAAUAUCGUUGCUACGGGCAGCCUCGACGCGACUAUUAGGCUUUGGGAUCUCAGCCGAGCUAAAUACGAACCUUACGAACAUAAACUUGUGGAGAACGGAGACGGUGACAAAGACGGAGAUGAUGAGGACGAUGGCCUGGGUUUUGGCAACGAGAGUGAAGAUGCGCCCCCGCCGCCCCCACCUGAUGCCAUGGAAGAAUGCCCCCUUUUCGUCCUUGAAGCUCAUGUUGAUGAAGUCACUGCGCUCCAUCUACGCGGUGAUAUGCUUGUUUCGGGCUCUGCUGACAAGACUCUCCGACAAUGGGACUUGGUUAAAGGGCGGUGCGUGCAAACUCUUGACGUGCUGUGGGCGGCUGCUCAAGCGAGCAGCACCCUGAACAGUACAGAACUACAAUGGCGGCCAACGGGACGAACCACCGACACCAGCGCAGAUUUUGUGGGCGCUUUGCAAUGUUUCGAUGCCGCCUUGGCCUGUGGCACUGCGGACGGAAUGGUUCGUCUUUGGGAUCUUCGCAGCGGCCAGGUACACAGAAGUCUCGUCGGGCACACAGGACCCGUAACUUGUUUGCAGUUUGAUGACACGCAUCUCGUGACGGCCAGUGCUGACAGAAGUGUCAGAAUCUGGGAUCUCCGGACAGGGACCAUCUUCGACGCUUAUGCUUAUGACUCCCCAAUCACGGGUAUGAUGUUUGAUGCUCGUCAUAUCGUGUGUGCAGCUGGCGAAGAUGUGGUCAAAGUGUACGACAAGGCCGAUGGUAAACACUGGGAUUGCGGUGCCGGUGCAAAUCUCACUGUUGAGGACCGCAUGGCUGAAACGAGUACCAGCAUUGUCGAACGAGUCAGACUAAAGGACGGAUACAUGAUCGAGGGCAGGCGAAGUGGCGAAGUUGGAGUCUGGACUUGCUGA